UUUGCGUCGUAGGUAUUUCAUGAGAUUUCCUGCUAAUCGAGACAAGACGUUGGCAACUGACGUAAUUUCUGGAGAACGACGCUUUGUCAGUUGAUCUAUUUUUAGAAUUUUAUCACCUGUCAUCCCAUACAGGUGGACAACGAGCUGAGUCAUCAAAUUUGGUGUCAAUGGGUACAAAUGCUGAGUCAUCAACUUUUGAGUUCCGCGCCAUCUGGCUUUUAGUGAGUGCGUAAAAACGCACAGUAUGCUUGUAAACAACAACGCAGUUGCUCUGAUCAGGAUCCAACACAAUGGUCAAUCAGAGUUCCUGGUAAAUUGUGGACGUCGUUACCAGCUGAAGUUAUUGUGACUUAUUCAAAGCACUGCUGAUCCUUGUUAGAGGGACUAGCUGAUUUUUCUGACGACCACAUAGAUACGGGCUUUGUUUUCAUCCCGGAUCCCUGUCACAGUGGUUGGUUAAGUGGUCGACAUUUCGCAGAACCAACCAGCGUGCUGACCGAUUUCUGACUUACAUCACACUUAUUGCUGUCUGUCGGACGCUGGCGUCGCAUAGAGGUGUUCCACCACAAAGACGUACCAGGACUGUAUGAUGAACUGUUAGAGUGUUUAAUGCUCAGUCAGCUUGUAUGUCAAGAUGAGUAAAAAGAUAUUUUUAUCCUAUGCCAAAUCAGAGAGUGCACGUGCACUUGCUCGCCUGUCAGAUGAUGAACUGGUUGCUCUUUCUGUGAAAGACUUGAACAAAAUGUUAAAGGGCAUGUCACGUGAUGAGGUUGCUAAACUCAAACAAAGGAGACGCACUCUCAAAAACAGAGGCUAUGCUGCAAACUGUCGCGAGAAACGAAUUUCUCAGAAAGAAGAGUUAGAAAUUGAGAAGGAAAAGUUACGUGCUGAGGUGGACAGACUUCAAAGAGAAAAUGAUGUUGUCAAAAUGGAACUAAGUGCUUUAAGAAACAAGUUUUCUGCUCUUCAGAAAUUUGCAGAUUCCAAUAAAAUUCCUGUUAUUCAAGUGCCAACGGUUAUUAAGCGAGAGUCCAGAGAGGAAAUGUGCCGAGCUCAGGCAGAGUCAACGCGAUAUGUGUAGGCCAGGUUCGUCCAGCUUUGUCAGUGACAGGAUAAAGGAUGGCUGGAUUGAAUAUUCCAUGAACUUGAAGACAGUAUGAUGUGUGAACGUGAACUCUAUGCUGGACAUGGGAAACGAGUGAAUCUUGUAUGAAUAUGAGUGGGUAAUAAGGUGAUUCCUGCAAUGUACAUUGUUCAAAUCAAAUAAAUUAAAUGCAUAGUUAUGACUGAUACAUUAGAGACCUGUGUAAGUACAUGUAUCUAUCCAGCUUCACAGAUUAAGGAUAUUUAAUAGCUAUGGGUAUAUAUAGCUUUUUGUACAUAAGAGAAAAAAAAUUUUUUUACAAAGAUUCCCAAUCAUUUAAAACAUAAUUUCUUUCUCAUUCAAUUUGGACAUUCAGUUUAUUUCUGUUAAUAGGUUUAUUAAACUUAAGUCAUUCACUUUUGUUGAAGUUCUUCAGUAUAAUGCUGUUAGAUAUGUUCUAUGAAAAUUGAAUAUACCAGGAAAAGUGGGAAGCAAUUAUGCUGAUGUAAGUAGGUCCUUACACUGAUAAAAUGUGAAAUAAAUACAAGGUCCGAACGUACA